UACAACAGCAGAAGACCACGAGUCUGCAUUUAGCGGUGACUAAGGGUUUGCUAAGUGUAUUAAAUUUACAAAAGCUCGACCAAUUUCAGUUUCGUUUUCCGAUUAAACUAGAUCAGUUUAGGAAGUAGCCACUCCUCGCGUUUCUUGUCCUCCUAUUCCUCUCUCCAAACAAGCGGACGGAUCCUCUAGCCUUUCGACAUUUGCUUCUCGUCUCUUAUCUGGUCGAGCGUUGCUUGUGCGAAAAACCAGCAUGUCUGUGAUAAUAUCUCAUCUCACAGAAGAAGACUUGAAACUUGUGUUUGAAAUUCUUGGUGAAAUCAAGUUACACCUUCUCUAUAAAGCCAGUGUCCAUGGGUUUAGUAAGGAUUCCUUCAAUGCUAAAUGCUCUCAGCAGGGACCAACAUUAACCGUAGGUUAUGUAGACUCAAAUUACAUUUUCGGAGGUUACAUUACCAAAGAUGUCAAUUAUUCUGUAAAAGACAAUAAAGCUUUCCUCUUCCAAAUAACUGGCAAAGAGUCAACAAGAGUGCUUUCUAAGUUUGAUGUGAAUCCAGGUGCUGAGGCCUUUACUUAUUCAAAGAAUGGCAUCUGUUUUGGUGAUAGCCUUGUGUUCUUGUUCAAUAACAAGCCGAUUAUGAAGAUUAGGACUGGCAAGUCCUACAACCUGGAUUAUACUGGUCCAAUUUGCUGUGAUAAACCAAUCGCUCUCACCGAAUUAGAAACUUACAGAGUGGAAGAGUUAAAAGUCCCCUUGAGGAAAAUGGAUUGGUCACCAAGGAGAAAAGAUGAACUACUUGACUUUGUCAAGACAUACAACCCAUUCCUAAACUCGAGCAUUCGGCCAACAAUUUUACUCAUUGGACCUCUAGGAGCAGGAAAAUCCAGUUUCAUCAACUCUGUGGACUCGGUUUUCCAUGAUUAUGUGACCAAUCGGGCUUUCGCUGGAAAUACCACCACCAAAUUUUCAAAGUACUCCUUCCAGGCAGAAAAAGCGACAGCAAGCCUAAUCCUCUGUGAUACAUUGGGCCUUGCAAAAGAUGGAGAAUUUGGGAUUUCCGAUGAACAGAUUAUCAACAUUCUUAAUGGAUUAAUUCCCAACCAACAUCAGUUCAAUUCACCUGCAAAAAUUGAACAUGAAGAAAACCGUCCCACUAGUCCAACUGUGCACUGUGUUGCCUACGUCAUCGAUGCAAGCCAAUCUCCCAUUCUUCCCAGGCCAAUGAAAAAAAGAAUGCUUGACAUUCAGUCACAAAUUAAAGAACUGGACAUACCGCAGAUCGUUUUACUAACAAAGGUGGAUAAAGCAUGCAGUUUAGUUGAAAAAGAUUUGAAAAAUGUUUAUCGGAGUGAACACAUUACCAAAAAGAUAAUGGAAGUCGGAGAACAACUCAGAAUCCCAGUUUCCUGCAUAGUCCCCGUGAAUAACUAUUGGUUCUCUGAUGAGCUGGAUUGUGUGAUUGAUAUUCUAUUACUCUCCGCCAUCAAGCUGAUGCUGCAGUCUGUCAAUUCCUGUGUUGAAAACAUGGCUAAUUUAUCUUUAGGAUGAUGCAAUUUUGGGUGAUGGUCAAGCUCAAUGUAAAUUUUAUUAUGCAAGUACAUAUAUAUCUGAGAUGAAUAUUCUUCUGGGCAUACUCAACAAAUCUAUAGAACAGUAACUACAAUAGAAUCAACGAAAAACCGCCCAAGCAGGUCUUUCAACCAAAGUGCAGAGGGGAACAAAUUGAAAAUGCAAAAAGAAGAAACAAUAAAUAAUAAUAAAUAUACAAUAAAGUUG